CGUGUUAACAGUGUAAUGAAUUUACCGGUGAUCCUCUCUCUGUGGAUGAGUUCCAACCGGAGAACAAAGAUGGGUUGUAGGCUAGCUAACCGUAACCUAAACAUUAACAUUAACUUACCGUUGUUUUACUAUUUCACCCGACUUGUUCCCCACCCUUAAAGUUAGCCUGCUGACGGCUAUCAAGUAACCGGCUGAGCCAAAUUGGGCCUUUCCAUGUCUGCGGGAUUUAAGGUGGCCCACCACAGUAUCAGACCAGCCUGGCACAUCUCCCUUACACUAACGUUGCAGAAUCAGAGUGAGGUGUGUUGACCAGUGAAUGCAUAGAGUCAAGAAGGUCAAACUUUGUGACAAUAAAGAAGGUAUCUGGAAAAGCUGUGUGACAGUGAGCAUGACGGCUGUGGACGGCCUUUCAGACAGCACAGAGGUAGUGGAGAUGGAGGAUGUCCCAUCUCAGUACUUUGUGGAGAAACACUCUUGGGAGGGUCUCCGUGACAUCAUCCAUUGUAGCAGGAAGUACUCGGGCAUGAUCGCCAACAAGGCUCCCCAUGACUUCCAGUUUGUGCAGAAAAAGGAUGAGAAUGGUCCCCACUCCCACCGGUUAUACUACCUUGGAAUGCCUUACGGAAGCAGAGAGAACUCGUUACUCUACUCCGAAAUCCCAAAGAAGAUCCGGAAAGAGGCCCUCUUAGUGUUGUCAUGGAAACAGAUGCUGGAUCACUUCCAGGCUACUCCACACCAGGGGGCCUACUCUCGAGAGGAGGAGUUGCUGAGAGAGCGUAAACGUCUCGGAGCGUUUGGGAUCACCUCUUAUGACUACCAUGCUCAGACAGGCCUGUUCCUCUUCCAGGCCAGCAAUAGUCUCUUUUAUUGCCAGGACGGAGGCAACAAUGGCUUCAUCCAGUCUGUUCCUGUAAAGCCAGUGGAGAUCAAGACCCAGUGCUCAGGGACCCGCAUGGACCCCAAGAUCUGCCCAGGAGACCCCGACUUCUUCGCCUUUAUCAACAAUAAUGACUUGUGGAUAGCCAACAUUAAGACCGGCGAGGAACGGAGACUCACUUACUGUCACAAAGGUGUGGAUAAUGUUAAGGAGGACCCCAAGUCUGCAGGUGUAGCAACAUUUGUCAUCCAGGAGGAGUUUGACCGUUUUACUGGCUACUGGUGGAGUCCCACAGCAGUGGAAGACCCUGAUGGAGGUAAAACAGUGUACCUGCUGUAUGAAGAAGUGGAUGAGACAGAAGUAGAGAUUAUUCAUGUUCCAUCUCCAGCACUGGAGGAGCGGAAAGCAGACGCGUACAGAUAUCCCCGUACAGGUAGCAAAAAUCCACAAGCUACCCUUAAACUUGCAGAGAUCAAGACAGACCAUCAAGGAAGAAUUGUGAGCACACACGAUAAAGAACUGGCCGCCCCCUUCACCUCCUUGUUUCCAGGGACGGAAUACAUCGCCAGAGUAGGGUGGACGAGUGACGGCAAAUUUGGCUGGGCAGUGCUGCUGGACCGAAGUCAGAGGAAACUACAGCUGGUCCUGCUGCCUCCAGCCCUCUUCAUCCCUGUCACAGAUGACCCAGCUCAGAGGCAGGCCAGUCUGAAGGCCGUGCCCAAACACACGCAGCCAUACAUAAUCUAUGAGGAGACCACCGACGUCUGGAUUAAUGUUCAUGACAUAUUCUAUCCCUUUAUUCAAACGACAGAAGAUGAGUUUAGUUUCAUUUGGGUAAAUGAGUCGAAAACCGGUUUCAGCCACCUGUAUAAAAUCACUUCCCUGUUACAACCUGCCAGCUUCAUUUGGACAGAGGAGUACGAGCACCUAGAGGGAGACUUCAAAUGUGCAAUCAAGGAGGAGGUUACAUUGACCAGUGGAGAAUGGGAAGUGCUGGCAAGACAUGGUUCCAAGAUCUGGGUGAAUGAGGCUGCCAAGAUGGUGUACUUCCAGGGAACCAGAGACACUCCUCUGGAGCAUCACCUGUAUGUGGUCAGCUAUGACUCACCUGGAGAUGUGGUCAGACUAACCAAGCCUGGCUUCUCUCAUAGCUGCUCUGUUAGUCAGAACUUUGACUUUUUUGUCAGCCACUACAGUAAUGUGAGUACACCUCCCUGUGUUCAUGUCUACAAACUGACCGGUUCAGAAGGUGACACACUACACAUGGUGCCUGAGUUCUGGGCCAGCAUGAUGGAAUCACCAGGUUGCCCGGGAGAUUACAAUCCACCUGAGAUUUUUGACUUUCCGGGGAAGUCGGGCUUCCAGCUUUAUGGGAUGGUGUACAAACCACACAACCUGCAGCCAGGCAGGAAACACCCGACAGUUCUCUUUGUGUAUGGAGGCCCACAGGUGCAGCUGGUUAACAACUCCUUCAAGGGGAUGAAGUACCUCCGUCUGAACACGCUGGCCUCUCUGGGCUACGCUGUGGUCGUCAUCGAUGGGAGGGGUUCCUGUCAGAGGGGCCUUGAAUUUGAAGGAGCACUUAAAAACAAAAUGGGUCAGGUGGAGAUUGAGGACCAAGUUGAGGGGCUUCAAUAUGUAGCAGAGAAGUUUAACUUUGUGGACCUGAGCCGUGUCGCCAUCCACGGCUGGUCCUACGGCGGCUUCCUCUCUCUUAUGGGCCUCAUCCAGCGGCCCAACGUCUUCAAGUUGGCUAUUGCAGGUGCUCCAGUGACUGUGUGGAUGGCCUACGACACAGGCUACACAGAGCGUUACAUGGAUGUGCCUGAGAACAACCAGCAGGGCUACGAGGAAGGCUCUGUGGCGCUGCACGUGGACAAGCUGCCCAGCGAGCCCAACCGUUUGCUGAUUCUCCAUGGAUUUCUAGAUGAGAAUGUGCACUUUUUCCACACAAAUUUCCUAGUGUCACAGAUAAUCCGUGCUGGGAAGCCCUACCAACUUCAGGUCUAUCCCAACGAGCGGCACAGUAUUCGCUGCCCUGAGUCUGGAGAGCACUACGAGAUAAUGCUGCUGCACUUUCUACAACAAUACCUCUGAAAUGAGACGAAAUGGGAGAAGUGACGUCUAGUUUCCCCUCAGUCCUCCUUUACCCCUCCAGCUCACCCCUCGUCUAUACUCGCCCUGACCUUCCCAACCCCCUCUCUGACUGUUCGCCCUAUCAUCGAGAGACUAUCAGCCACAAAGCCACUCUCUCCUAUGAGCUAGUCCUCUCUCUUCUCUAUUAUACUUCCCUCUUUUCACUCUCUGUCUCAUUUUUCUAUUAUUUGCGUGCUUGCUCUGUCUCCUCCAUGCCCGCCCUCCCCGCCCCCACCCCCCGUGUACAGUCUGGGGUAUGGUUUACGAGCACAGAGAUUUGGUGUCUCACCCUGAAAGCUGAACAAAGACAAGGACAUAUGGAGAAAUAUUUUCAGGCUGUGUCACAUUGACUCAUCGCUCACCCAUGUCCUCAUCUCUGCAACCACAAUGUUUUUUUUUUUUUUUGCCAAACGUUAUCGUGUUGUUCACCCCACCCCACCCACCCAACCCUAACCCGGCCCCGCCUGUUUUAUUCACUUGAGUCAGUGGUAGGAUCGGGGGUUACAGUUCACGGAUAUGAAAUGGAACCUAUACACAUAUUUGCAGACAUGAGCUCAUAUAUACUACAUAUGUAAAAUAAAGAUUAUUUCAUACAUGAACACUGUCACACACUCACACAGAAAUGCAAUAUCCAGACAUACUGUGAGACUGUACCUUGCAGUUUGUGUAAUGAAGAAGAAAAGGAAGACUCUUGUUUUAAGUGUGUGUUGUUUAAAAUAAAAUAUUUUUAUGGAUUUUUAUUCUUUUUCUUUUAAUGAGUGCUGACACAAGCUGCUCAUUUUGCGCCGUUUUUUUCCCUUACAUUACAUUGCUUGAAACGUCUGCUUGCCUUCUUAACACAUAAUUUAUAUUUGCCAAAGUACCUCUUGACUCUUGAUCAUGCUGGUAUUUCCUUUUUUUACUGCAAUAAAGACAACAGGAGGGUGAGCACUGGAGUCUUACAACAGCUUUGUACCACCGGAAUACAA